CCGCUGCCGCCGGGGCCGUGGCUGGGGCUAACGGUGGCGCUGGACGUGGAGGAUCUGCAGCUGGGCCACGGCGGAGCGCAGCGCCACCCCGCGCCGGGGCCGCAAGGAGGGGCGUGUUGCUGCCGGCCCUCCGCGAGCCGCCCCCAGCCCGCGCCGAGGCGCCUUCCCGCCAGGCCGCCUGCCUUCGCCUUCCGCCUCCCUCCAUUUCCCCGGAAUCUCAGCCCGGCGCGUUUGGACCCUGGCCCUUCUCUGGGUGGGGAAGCUCCCGACCGCUUCCCGGCUUCACUCCUUCCUCGCAGCCUGGGCUCCCAGCUCCCUCUCUCCUUUUCCUGGACUGGGUCUCACCCCUUUCCGUCCUCUUCUUUUAGCUCAGGCUCCUCUACCCCUCUUCAGCCCAGAGUCCCAGCUCCUCAGUCACUUUCCUCAGCCAAAGGUCCCAGCCUUCCUCCUUCCUUUUCUUGCGCGGGGUGUCCUGUACCCUCGUCUCUCCCUGGGGCUCAUUCUCCUCCCUCCUUUGGUCUCCUCGUCCCUCUUCCCUGGCUUGGUGUUCCAGAUUGCGGACCCAGCGUUCCUCCACCCUUAGAGGACGGCCUCUACGAAAAUACCUCCCUGAAACAUGAACUUUUCCUAGUGACUACCCCAGUCUCUCUUCCCACCUGCUGACCUCUUGCUACCUGUGUGCCAGGUUUUGCUGUCACUUGGCUAAGGGUCGAGGCUUGCUGGGCUUGGGGAACAGCACGAUGCUUCUGUGGUCUGGCAUCUGUGGCCUCUCUCUGCCUAGGAUCUUCUCUUCCUGGCUGGUGGUGGUAGCCUUGGUGGUGCUGCUACCCGUUCUCAGGAGCCAUGGCCUCCAGCUUAGCCCUACUACCAGCACCAUCCCAGCAAGGGAACGCUCGAUUGGGGAUGUCACCACCGCCCCACCGGAGGUCACCCCAGAGAGCCGUCCUGUUAACUAUUCUGUCACUGAACAUGGCAUGAAGCCACGAAAGGCCUUUCCAGUCCUGGGCAUCGACUAUCCACACGUGCGCACACCCUUUGAGAUCUCCCUCUGGAUCCUGCUGGCCUGCCUCAUGAAGAUAGGUUUCCAUGUGAUACCCACUAUCUCAAGCAUCGUCCCGGAGAGCUGCCUGCUGAUCGUGGUGGGGCUGCUGGUGGGGGGCCUGAUCAAGGGCGUGGGCGAGACGCCCCCCUUCCUGCAGUCAGAUGUCUUCUUCCUCUUCCUGCUGCCGCCCAUCAUCCUGGAUGCGGGCUACUUCCUGCCAUUGCGGCAGUUCACAGAGAACCUGGGGACCAUCCUGAUCUUCGCCGUGGUGGGCACUCUGUGGAACGCCUUCUUCCUGGGUGGCCUCAUGUACGCCGUGUGCCUGGUAGGCGGUGAGCAGAUCAACAACAUCGGCCUCCUGGACAACCUGCUCUUUGGCAGCAUCAUCUCGGCUGUGGACCCUGUGGCCGUGCUGGCCGUCUUCGAGGAAAUUCACAUCAACGAGCUACUACAUAUCCUUGUCUUCGGGGAGUCCCUGCUCAAUGAUGCCGUCACUGUGGUCCUGUAUCACCUCUUUGAGGAGUUUGCCAACUACGACCACGUGGGCAUCGUGGACAUCGUCCUUGGGUUCCUGAGCUUCUUCGUGGUGGCCCUAGGCGGGGUGUUUGUGGGCGUGGUCUACGGGGUCAUUGCAGCCUUCACCUCUCGGUUCACCUCCCAUAUCCGCGUCAUCGAGCCGCUCUUCGUCUUCCUCUACAGCUACAUGGCCUACCUAUCAGCUGAGCUCUUCCAUCUGUCCGGUAUCAUGGCACUCAUUGCCUCGGGAGUGGUGAUGCGCCCCUACGUGGAAGCCAACAUCUCCCACAAGUCCCACACCACCAUCAAAUACUUCCUGAAGAUGUGGAGCAGUGUCAGCGAGACCCUCAUCUUCAUCUUCCUCGGGGUUUCCACAGUGGCUGGUUCCCACCACUGGAACUGGACCUUUGUCAUCAGCACACUGCUCUUCUGCCUCAUCGCCCGAGUCCUGGGUGUGCUGGGCCUGACCUGGUUCAUCAACAAGUUUCGCAUCGUGAAGCUGACCCCCAAGGACCAGUUCAUCAUUGCCUACGGGGGCCUGCGAGGGGCCAUUGCCUUCUCCCUGGGCUACCUCUUGGACAAGAAGCACUUCCCCAUGUGUGACCUGUUCCUCACUGCCAUCAUCACUGUUAUCUUCUUCACCGUCUUUGUGCAGGGAAUGACUAUUCGGCCCUUGGUAGACCUGUUGGCUGUGAAGAAAAAGCAAGAGACAAAGCGCUCCAUCAACGAGGAGAUCCACACCCAGUUCCUGGACCACCUUCUGACAGGCAUCGAGGACAUCUGUGGUCACUAUGGCCACCACCACUGGAAGGAUAAGCUCAACCGGUUUAAUAAGAAGUACGUGAAGAAGUGUCUGAUCGCCGGUGAGCGCUCCAAGGAGCCCCAGCUCAUCGCCUUCUAUCACAAGAUGGAGAUGAAGCAGGCCAUCGAACUGGUGGAAAGCGGGGGCAUGGGCAAGAUCCCCUCUGCCGUCUCUACUGUCUCCAUGCAGAAUAUCCACCCCAAGUCCCUAACUGCUGAGCGCAUCCUGCCAGCACUGUCCAAGGACAAAGAGGAGGAGAUACGCAAAAUCCUGAGGAACAACUUGCAGAAGACCAGGCAACGGCUUCGGUCCUACAACAGACACACGCUGGUGGCAGACCCCUACGAGGAGGCCUGGAACCAGAUGCUGCUCCGGAGGCAGAAGGCCCGGCAGCUGGAGCAGAAGAUCAACAACUACCUGACGGUGCCGGCCCACAAGCUGGACUCACCAACCAUGUCGCGGGCCCGCAUUGGCUCAGACCCUCUGGCCUACGAGCCCAAGGCAGACUUGCCCGUCAUCACCAUCGACCCAGCCUCCCCACAGUCACCGGAGUCUGUGGACUUGGUGAACGAGGAGCUGAAAGGCAAGAUCUUGGGGCUGAGCCAGGACCCAGCAAGGGUGGCCGAGGACGACGACGAUGAUGACGGGGGCAUCAUGAUGCGGAGCAAGGAGACUUCGUCCCCAGGCACUGACGAUGUCUUCACCCCUGGGCCGAGUGACAGCCCCAGCUCCCAGAGGAUACAGCGCUGCCUCAGUGACCCAGGCCCCCACCCCGAACCUGGGGAGGGAGAGCCGUUCAUCCCCAAGGGGCAGUAGCGCCAGCGCCAGCGGGCAGCAUCCGUUUCAUCGUAGACUCUCCCACCAGAGCAGGGGCUGCUGGGGCUCCCCUCACCCUUCUUGAUCUGGAUUGGCCCUGCCCCCUCCCCACUGCAUGGCAGCUGGGCCCACAGCCCCAGCACAGCACGGCUUCCUCUGCCUCGUGGGAAGGGUCCUCCCCACUAGAACUGCCUCCCGAUCCAUUUGGCAGAACUGCUGGGGCUGGUGAGGCGUGCCCGGCCUCUUCCCCAGAUCCAGGCCCUCUCCCUUACCUGGACUAGGACCUCAGAGGCCCCUCCCUCUGCCUCAUCACCCUCCUCAUUCAGACCAAUCUUAAUUUCUAACCAAAGAGUCUCUGGCUCAGCUGUGGCCCCAUCCUUCCUAGGCCAGGCCCUCCUGAUACCAGGCAUGUGGCUGGGGAAAGGAUCACUGACCAUAGGGGUCUAACCCUCCUUCUGCCAGCCCUGUCACCCUGGCCGGCCACUGGACUUGUCCUCACUCAGAGCUGCAGGCUGAAGGCAUCUCUGAGCUUCUCUGCUUGGAGCUGGGGCAUUGUGUACCGUGAUGCUGACAUGAUCCAGAGCUUUCUGAACUGUGCUCAUACGGGGACCACUGGGCUCUUCAGGGGCUGCUGCCAGGGGAGAGACUGCUUGGGACUCUAGAAUGACUGCCUUUUUCUGUUUUGUUUGUUCACACUUCCAUGUAGGAUCCUGUUUGCACAGAGGACACUCCUGUUUUUAAAGCAUUUUGAAAACCCCUUGCCAAACAGAGCUCCCUCCUCCCACUCCAGAGAAUUACCCCUCAUUUAUGCCUGUCUGUCCAACCCCCUCUCCUGCUGGGCUUGCAACUGGUACAGGAAGCCCCUGAUUUUAGAAGUGACCCCUCACCCUAAUCAAGAGUCUCUCCA